UUUUUUCUUAUCUUCUGCUCACGUUUUUCUGUCCAAUGAGACAUAGGUCUUCUAGGGUGUUGGUUGGACAAUUGUGUUUUUUUUUGCUAACAAGGACAAUUGUGGUUUGACUGAUGUCUGCCAUAUUUUUUUCUUUUUAUUUGGAUUUCAUGCAAACCAGUCUCUUCAAUCUAGCCUGAUAGGCUGGUAGCGUCAUGGCAGGCGAAUCCCAUUAGGAAAAAGAAAGACCAACAAAAGUACUCCCUCUGCUGAUCUACAUAAGGUGUCCAGGAUUUUAAAAGUUGAACUUUGGCCAUAAACUUGUUGUACAGUACAGUCUUCAUACUUACAGAUUCACAACGAUAGGAAAAUGUUUUAAAGUACGAAUGACAUAUCGAUUUCGUAUCACAUGAUGCACAUAUUGUUGAUCUAAUUGUUGGUCAAAGUGCAAAUCUUGGAAAGCGUGCUCGACCUAAUCAACAGCGGGACUGUUUUUUUUUUCCUUUGAUGGAGUUACCGAAGACGACCGUUUUCCAAUUUGCAUCUAACCAAUACACAGCUCACAUUUGUUUGCCUGUUAGUGCUUCUAGACUCCACCUGCACCAGGUCAGAGCUCUAAAGCAUAAUUAAUAAAUUAUUUGUGAAGUGCUGCAUUCCAGCUGUUCCUUUUCAUACAAAAUGAGAAGAUGCAUAGUUUUGGAUAAGGUAAUUUAGAAAGAGACGUUGUCAUGCCAGCUUUUAUAACACCUUCUGUUACAUGCCAAAUUGGGUUUGUCAACUCCAAAGCACCUAGUUGCCAAAAAGAUACUCCAUGAUUGCAAGCUUAUUGUUUUAUGGAAUAUUGCUUCAUACACAUGGUUUAGAACCAAGCACAAGGCCUGGGCAAGAUAGCUCUACCAUGUCCUGAAACUCCUUUUCUGUAACUGUGUCAGGUUUUUAAUACAGCUUCCAAACUGAUCGGUGUAAUAGGUUAAUUCAUAACAUCCGUAUUUUGACCAGACCAAAUUAGCAGCUGUUAAGCAUAUGUGUUUGCUAUAGUUCCCUGUGCAAUACUAGCAAUCCAGCUUGGCAGCAUGUAUAUCUAUGUUCAGCCUUGUAAAGCUUUAAUAUUUUUCUAAUCAAUCUACCUCAGGGUGCUUCUCGGGGUGGUUGAUGCGUACAAUAAGUCAAUAGCUGGCAGGUUUUAAAAUAUCAUUACACAGGAAGUAACUCCAUGUGGUCCCCAUUAUUAAAAUGAAAUGGAGUCAGUUUAAAAUAUUGGUAGACUAUCAGCUUGAUGGUUAUAGAAAUUUAGAUACAUUUAGCAGAUUCAGGGUCCCCCUCUAGAACCAUAACCCCACCCACCCUCCCAUAUGCACACAGCGAAUUGAACUUCUUUCCAUUCUUAGCCCCUGCAGUGAUCCUAUCACAUCUUUGCUUAAAAGUUUAAUCCCUGUUCUCCGAUUCCAUUCUCCGAAGAAACAAAAGACAAAUUCUCGCUGGUCAGCAACCUGGGAAAAUAAGACGCUCCAUUUAUCUCAACGAUUGAACAAGACCAGGAAAAAUAUUUCUUCUCAGAUUUCCUUUCCAAGCUAGAAUUGGAUAGGCCCUUACACUUCCCAAUGAUAUGAUCAAAGACCCAUUUUAAUGGACUGAGGUGGAUUCCAAGGGGUAAUGUGCACGGCCAUACAUCAAUAAUGAGUCAGUUUCGCAACGGAGAAGUUCCUCGGUUUCUUUCAUCAGAUAUUAAUGUAGUACCAGUACUCUCUGAAGUCACAGUUCCUAGUUUUCCAGAGUAUAGAACAUCUUACAUUGAAAGGGACAUGUGCGGUAGUUCUAUCACCUCAUUCAAUACCUUAUGUCAGCCAUAUAUGUCAGCUUCCAAUUUCACUUCAGAUCUUUGUAUCAACAAUGGGUCACCUAAAGGGAAACUGUCUUUUGGAUCUCAUGUUAUUGCAAUAUCUGGUUGUGAUACUUCACUGCCAUCAGCACAUUCAUCAUACACGGGUAAUCCAGAUUAUUUAAGGAUGGUCUAUCCCAAAGUAUCUGAAGAAAUAAACUGGGGUCAAGAACCACUCCCAGGAGUAUUUGAAUAUCCAGCAACCAUUGAUGUUUCUGAUCAACGAAACGUGAUUGUUAGCCAACAAAGCCAAGACAUUAUUACAAUUGAUCAUAUUACCCACCUUGCAAAGCAAAAAGAGUGGUACUCAUCUGGGUGUUCAGAGCAAUUUCUGGGAAGUUCAGGAUCUGGUGGAUCUGUGCUUAAGGCAGCUGAUGCAAAUACAACACCUCCAAAUUAUGCAUAUUUUCAUGGGCAGAAAAACAGAUUGAGUUCUUUCAAUGUGGAUGAACUUUGCAGUGAUAAUUUACCUUGUUCAGACACUACUCCAACCAAGUCAAGGAUGCGCUGGACACCUGAGCUCCAUGAGAAGUUUGUUGACGCCGUUGACAAGCUUGGUGGAAGUGAAAAAGCAACUCCAAAAGCAGUCCAGAAAGUUAUGAAGGUUGAAGGGCUAACUAUAUACCAUGUAAAAAGCCAUCUACAGAAGUAUCGUACAGUUCGCCAUCAAUCUGAAUCGUCUGAUGCAGGCACUUCAGCAGAGAGAAGCAACCACAUGGAUGAAGUUUGCUCCCAGAACAUGAAACACAUGGAGGCUAGUGAAGGGCUAAGAACUCAGAUUGGCUUGCAGAAGCAACUUCAUGCACAGCUUGAGCUCCAAAGAAAGAUGCAGCUGCAAGUAGAAGAACACAGCAAGUACCUGGAGAUGGUGAUCGCGAGGCAGGGCGAGAGCCUAAAACAGCUCGGCGCGCUACCGAGGUUCCAGCAUUCGAACACGCAGUCUGUGGAUCACAAGGAAGCAUACAGAGAACAAACAGCAGACACUGAUUCGGCCGAAGGGAGCCAUCCAGAAAAGGAAUGAACGCAGAUCAUUUACUCAGAAUCGCAAACAAAAGGAGCUGAUUAGACCGGAGACAAGAGUAGCUCAGAAAGUGAGGAUCAUAGCCUAAUCUAAUUUUUGUCUCGGGUGAUCUUUUUCAGGCACUGUAAUUAUUGUGGGCUGACUUUGCUACACAGAUUUUUGAUUUGGUACGCAGAACGUUUCUUUCUUCAUAACAAAACUAUGAUCACAGUGUA